UCUCACAUUUUGGUCAUUCUUUUUCCGGUCGUCAACUUGUGCGGUUGUGUUUUAAAUUUACUGUUCGAUUGGGGUCAAUUUUGCUGGAUACAUAUCUGAAUUGUGUGUGUGUAUUAGAAGUGAAAAUAUAUUAUAUCCGAUAUGGAUGGAAUAAAAGCUGAAGGAGUUAAUGGUGCAACUCCGUUGCCACAAAGAGCCCCGAAGAAUAUGCAGCAGGGUAAUAAAAAGCCAAAUCCAAAUGUUCAGCAGCAAAAGCAAAAUGAUCACGGUGAUGGACCAGCGGAGAAGAAAGCACGUUUCAACCAAAAUGGUCCCAACCAAAACCAAGGUGGUGGCGGUGGUAACCAAAAUAAAGGAGGAUUCGGAAAUCAGAAUAGAGGUUUCGGAAAUCGUAAUCGUAACCAACAAAAUCGUGGAAACCAGAAUCAAAACCAGAACCAAAACCAAGGAAACUUGCAGAACCAGAAUCAGAACCAAAAUAAACAAAAUCAACCAAACCAACAAAGUCAAAACCAACAAGAUGUAAAACCUGCAGUUGAUGCGAAUCAGGCAGCUGUUAAAAAGGAUUUGGACUCCCAACAACCACAACAACAGCAGCCUGCGCCGCAACAACAGCAGCAGCAGCAGCAACAACAACAACAGAACCAACCACGUAAUCAGCAACUAAAUCAACAGCAACAACAGAACCAACCACGUAAUCAGCAGCUAAAUCAACAGCAACAGCAACCGCAGCACCAAAAUCAAAAUCAGAAUCAGAAUAUGAAUCAACAGAAUCGUGGUCGUGGUGGUGGUGGCGGAGGAGGAGGUCAUCAAGGUGGCCAUCAAGGCGGUCACCAGGGUGGUGGCCUUGGUGGUAACCAUGGAGGUGGCCCUGGGGGUCAUCAAGGCGGUCAAAACAGGGACCGUAGUCGUGGUGGACGAGGUGGUCCCGGCGGCGGUGGCGGGAACCAAGGAAAUGGUCCCUACAACAGGAGCGAUGAAUUCUUUAUUGGGCAACGUGUGCGAGCAAUUGGAGGGCCAACACACGAAUUACCACCAGUCGAAGCAACCGAAGAACCUAAAUUUUCCGGCCGUAAUCGUUUAUAUGUUGGUAAUCUUACCAAUGAUAUUUCAGAAAACGAGUUGCGUGAAAUGUUUAAACCAUACGGUGAAAUUGGCGAAAUAUUUUGCAAUGCAGAGAAAAAUUUUACAUUCCUUAAAUUGGAUUUUCAUGCAAAUGCUCAACGUGCUAAACGUGAAUUGGAUGGCACCAAUCGCAAGGGACGCCAAUUACGUGUACGCUUUGCGCCAAAUGCCACUAUUCUUCGAGUGAAAAAUUUGACACCUUUUGUAUCCAAUGAACUAUUAUACAGAGCUUUCGAAAUUUUCGGUCCCAUCGAGCGUGCAAACGUUGUUGUCGACGAUCGUGGUAAAUCUACCGGUGAAGGAGUUAUUGAAUUUGCUAAAAAAUCAUCGGCAAAUGUUUGUCUACGUUUUUGUAAUGAAAAAUGUUUCUUCCUCACCGCUUCUUUACGACCUUGUGUGGUCGAGCCAUUUGAAAUUAAUGAAGAUGAUGACGGCUUGCCAGAUAAGUCUUUGAAUAAAAAAUCACCGGAAUUCAAUCAUGAACGCAGCGUAGGACCACGAUUUGCCGAAUUAGGUUCAUUUGAACACGAAUACGGCACCAGGUGGAAGCAAUUACAUGAAUUAUACAAAACAAAGCAAGAUGCACUGAAACGUGAACUUAAAAUGGAGGAGGAGAAACUAGAAGCCCAGAUGGAGUAUGCACGUUAUGAACAUGAAACAGAGCUGCUCAGACAAGAGUUGCGCAAACGUGAAUCAGAUAAUGAGCGAAAGAAGAUGGAGUGGGAAAUGCGUGAGAAGCAAGCUGAGGAGAUGCGCAAACGCGAUGAAGAUAACAUGCGCCGUCAGCAAAGUGAAAUGCAGACUCGUAUGUUGCGCCAAGAAGAAGAAAUGCGUCGCCGUCAACAGGAAAAUACCUUAUUUAUGCAAGCACAACAACUAAAUUCGUUGCUUGAUCAACAAGAAGGCUUUGGCGGCAACAAUAGUGGAGGUGGAGGAGGAGGAGGUAAUAAUUUCGAUAAUUUUGGCCGAGCAUCAAACAAUUCGCCAUUUGAAUUCAGAGACCCCAUUUCUGCACUUUUAGGCGGCAAUACCGGUGGUGGUAAUGGCAACAGCAGUGGCAAUGGGCCCACCAAUCCUCAGGAUUCGUUUUCAUUUGAAUUUGGUGGUGGUAACCAAAACCAAGGUGGCAAUCAGCGCGGUGGCAAUAACAACGGAAACAAUAAUCCAUGGGAACGAAGAAGACGUUUCUGAGAUUCAGUGUCACCUAAAAUGAAUGAGCGUGAAAGAUUUACGCUGGAUAGAAUGGUCUAAGUGAUUAUUGUGAACAGAUCGAACAAUUAAAUAUACUACUACUGCUACUACCCUAACAACCAUACACACAAUCAAGCAGUUGCACGCUGUUAUUGGAACAUUAUGUAAAAGUAAUAUGUAAAGAACAGAAACUUUAUCCAAGGACCAUGAAUUGAUCAACGACAGAUAAAUAGAAUCAGCAACAACGCAGUCACUUGCGUACAUUUUUAAAUAUUAAUAAUAUGUGUAUGCUAUUUUAAUCCAUUUAAAUCAUAAAGAAAAAAAAAUGAAAUGUAUUGAAAUCACGUACAUUCUCUGUAGGCAGGAUAAGUUAAUUACAAGCUUAUAUAUCUUUGUUUGAAACAUUUUAAAUGUAUAACAAUUGAUCAUAAUUCAAAACAAAGGAAAAUUUCAAAAUCACCAGACGCGCGGAAUUUAAAGAUUUCGUGACGAUAACAUUUAUUGAUAAGUCAUCAAGUAGUAGUUGAAUUUUUGUGUGGAAGUUGUCUCCCUUUACACGAUGUGAUCUCUGAGACAUUCAGUCCGCGGUUUGCUUCUCUUGACCACGUUGGAAAGUACGAAAUACAUACCAUACAUAUACUUAAAAAAAUAUUCAAUCUGAAUUGUCAAAUAUUCAAUCUGAAUUACAAAAAUUCAGCUUUACCUUUAGUUUUAAGGAAUAUCAUUUUCAAUAUUUAAUCAACCACAUGCAAAAUUUUAAAAAUAAACACUCACUCUGAUGAUGCAUACUGACAUAUAUAUUAUAUGUGUAUGUGAAAAAUCGUUUUGGGGCAACAAACUUUAAUUCAAUUCACUUGUUCGUCUACAUUUUUUGUGCAAUUUUUGAAAAACAGCCAUCUGUUUCUUCUGUAAAAAAAACGAAGCUUACAAGUUGGUUAAAUAAAGUUGUGUUCGCCUCUUGCUGCUACAUAUGCGUGUGUAAUAUUUAGUAAAAAAAUACUUUACAUUGAUUUAUGUAGACAAACCAACAAAACUUUUAGUCUAAUAAUAUAAAAUAAUACAUGUUCAACUAUAUGUAAUUAAAUGAAAAAAACCAUAUCUUUCAAUUUUAAAA